UAAAAUGAAAAGAAAUGGGAGUAAAAGAGAUGAAAAGGGGAACAAAGUAAAUAAUAUAAUGGUCUCAGACACCGACUGCCUCGAACAUGCUGCCGCGUCCACUACCGCCGUCGAUAAAAGUCACCCCGCACCGCCGGCACCUUCAAACAUUGUGAUUUCUUACAGAAAUCACGAUUCUCUCUCCAGCGGUGGCGGCAUCAGCAUUUUAUCUGGAAGUCGAAAUGGAAAGAUCAGCUAUGGAUAUUCCAGUUUUAAGGGUAAAAGAGCUUCAAUGGAGGAUUUCUUUGAGGCCAAAAUAUCAGAGGUUGAUGGUCAAAUGGUUGCCUUUUUUGGUGUUUUUGAUGGCCACGGAGGUUCACAGACUGCAGAAUACCUGAGAAAUAAUUUAUUCAAAAACUUGAGUAGCCAUCCCGACUUUAUCAAAGACACUAAGACAGCUAUUGUUGAAGCAUUCAAACAAACAGACGUUGAUUACCUCAAUGAGGAAAAGGGACAUCAAAGGGAUGCUGGAUCCACUGCAUCAACAGCUGUAUUGUUAGGCGACCGAAUUCUUGUUGCAAAUGUUGGUGAUUCCCGAGUAGUUGCUUCUAGAGCUGGUUUAGCUGUUCCUUUGUCUAUUGAUCACAAACCUGAUAGAUCUGAUGAGCGUCAAAGGAUUGAACAAGCUGGGGGAUUCGUAUUAUGGGCAGGAACAUGGAGGGUCGGUGGCGUCCUUGCCGUUUCCCGUGCAUUUGGAGACAAGUUUCUUAGACCAUAUGUUGUUGCCGACCCAGAAAUUCAGGAGGAAGACAUCGAAGGCGUGGAUUUUUUAAUAGUAGCUAGUGAUGGCCUUUGGAAUGUUAUAUCAAACAAUGAGGCGGUGUCUUUAGUACAAAAUAUCACUGAUGCAGAAGCUGCAUCUAAAGCACUAAUUAAAGAAGCUUAUAGUCGAGGAAGCUCCGACAACAUCACAUGCGUCGUUGUUCGAUUUGAUCCAUCCUGAUGCUGCUGUAUAUAUAUGCGUUAGGCAUCUGUCAUUUCUGAUAACUGAAAUAGAAAUGGCAAAUGUGUGUGAAGUCUUACCUUAUUUUAGGUUAUGGUAUUUAUAGUUUUAUAAGUUGUUUUAGUGUUAUAGAUUACUCCUAGUUGGAAAAGGAAAUACAUGUAGAUGCAUUUGGUUUUACACUUGAAGGCUCCAUAUCUUGGAUCCAGGUGGUUUUUGUGGCCCUCUCAACAGUUGAGUUACAUGAUUUUUUUUCCUCCA